AAUCUUGUUAAUUUUGAACAAUUUUUCUUAGAACAAAUUCUACAACAAAUUUCAUGCAUGCAUGUGCCUAUAGUGAUGUUCUAAAAUCCUAAUCAAUAGGAGAUUUAUCACCAAAUAUUUCUUAGAACAAAUUCUACAACAAACUUCAUGCAUGCAUGUGCCUAUAGUAAUGUUCUAAAAUCCUAAUCAAUAGGAGAUUCAACAUAUAAAACAUAGCUAGUUUUUUUUUUAUUUAUUUAUUUAUUUAUUAAUAUUUGAUUCUCACACAAUGCCAAGCAAACUAAGAAAAGCAAUUGGAGCAGUAAAAGACCAAACAAGCAUUAGCCUAGCAAAGGUAACAAAUGCAGCAAAUCUUGAGGUAACAAUUCUUAAAGCAACAACACAUGAUAAAAAUCCAAUUGAAGAACGUUAUGUACAUGAAAUUGUGAACAUGGUAUCUUCAAAUAAAGCAUAUGCUGCUGAAUGUGCACAAUGCAUAGGUAAAAGAAUUGGCAAAACAAGAAAUUGGGUUGUAGCCCUUAAAUCUCUUAUGAUUGUCCUUAGAAUAUUCCAAGAUGGUGAUCCAUAUUUUCCUAGAGAAGUUUUUCAUUCAAUGAAAAGGGGUGCUAAAAUUCUCAACCUUUCAAGUUUUAAAGAUGAUUCAAAUUCUAGUCCUUGGGAUUACACUGCAUUUAUAAGAACAUUUGCAUUGUACCUUGAUGAACGUUUAGAUUGUUUCCUAACAGGAAAGCUUCAACGACGAUUCACAUAUGAUACUCGGUUUCACGAAAAAAUGCAAAGGAAUGAACCUGGAAUUAGAGACAUGAAACCUACAUUGAUUCUUAAUAGAAUCACUUAUUGGCAAAGGUUAUUAGAUAGAGCUAUUGGCACAAGACCGACCGGUUCGGCCAAGAAUAAUCGGUUGGUUCAAAUUUCUCUUUAUGCUAUUGUGCAAGAAAGUUUUGAUCUUUACAAAGAUAUCUCUGAUGGGCUUGGUGUUAUUUUGGAUAAUUUCUUCAAUUUACCACUUUCAGCUUGUGUUACUGCAUUCAAUGCAUGUGUUAAAUCAUAUAAACAAUUUGAUGAGUUAUCUGGAUUUUAUUGUUUUUGUUUAAGCAUUGGAAUUGGAAGAUCUUAUGAGUAUCCAACUAUUCAAAAAGUUUCUGAUGAGCUUAUGGAGACAUUACAAGCUUUCUUGAAAGAUCAAGCUUCAUUCCAUACAAAUAAUAAUGAUUCUAAACAAUUUAUUGUUUCUCGUCACAAACGUUCUAAUGCAUCAUGUUCAAGUUCAUCUCAAAAUCAAUUAGGUAUUGAAAGAUAUUUUGAAAAUGGUUCUGAAUUUGGAUCUCAAUGUACAUCAUUAGAAGAUCUAAUGAGUGCUACCGAUGUAGCAGGAAGUUCGCGCGGUUCGCUUGAACAUGAUAGGUAUUCUGAGGAAUCUGAUGAAGAUGAGAAACAAUCAUCACAAUAUUAUGAUGAUGAGUUUACUAGUGUGGAUGCUAAUGGUUCUUGUUCUAUUAGAUCAUUUUCAAUUGACCAUAAUUCAAGGUCAAGUCUUGAUAUAUUAAGUGUUGAUAAUAUGGAUCAUGAUCAAGUUAUGCAUCAUAAUCAAACAAAUGAAUGUGAGAAAUUACAAAACACAAAAAGUGGGUCUAAUUCCAAUGAUAGUUCCAAAGAUUGUUGGGAAAUAGUGUUGGCAAAAACAGUAGUAAAUACUAAUGAAACACCAUCACCUAAAUUGGAUAAUGGAAUUGACCCUUUUCUUGAUUUAUUUGAUCAAGCUUUAGUACCUCAACAAAAAUACAAUCCAUUUCUUGAUGAUGUUGGAACUUCAGAUUCUCAUCAUGCCACCACUAGUGUUAGUAUUGAUGAUAUUUUUGAUGUAUCACUAUCACCAACUUUUAAGGCAUCAACUUCACCAACCUUUAAGGCUCAUGACCCUCUUGAAUUAACGGUCUCUAAUCAAAAUUCCAAUUCUUUAACAAAUUUGGAUCUUAUUUUUGGUGACUUAUAUUCAAAUGACACAACAGUUGCACCAAGCUUUGAAGCUCAAAAUUCUCUUCAAAUGAUUGUGGCACCAAGUUUUGAGGCUCAAAAUUCUUUUAAGAAUGUUUCAACACCAACUUUUCAAGUGCAUAAUUCAAAUGAUAAUGCCAUAGUAGAGUCAUCAAUCUAUAGUGUUGAGAAUCCUAAUACUAGUAUUGUUCCUUUUGAUCCAUAUAGUAAUUUUUAUGAUUCAACCGUGGCACCAACAUUUAGUGCAAAUGGUGGUAGUGAAACAACAUUCACAACACAAAUAAGAGAAGAUGAUCCAUUUGGGCCAUGGCCUAGUGCAACGACGAACGAUCAAACGUCUAAUGUGUCAUCGAUGCAAGAUCAAACUUUGUCGCGGCUUCAACAAUUGUGGUUAGAACAACAAAACAAGAUUAUUGCAAAACAUAUGACUUGAAAAGUUAUUGUAAAUGUUUAGGCAUUGAACUUUUGGGCAGAAAAUAUUUGAGCAUUAAAAUCAACUUUUGUAAAUAUUUUCCCACCAUUUUUCCUUUCUCUAAUUUCUUGUGUUAUUCUACCUAACUUUAUGCUUAAUUCUUCUAAGACAUGUUCAAAACUGGACUGUAUUAUUUCAUGCAAAAUGGAAAAUGAUACCUUAUGAUAUAUGUGAAAGUUUGGUUCUCAUAUAUUAUGAGUGAGAACAGAUUUUUUUUUGGAACC